CAUGCUCAUGGAUGUGCUAAAUUAAAGAAUGAUCCAGAUAUUCGGUUAUUACGUAAACGUGCAUGUAAAGCAGUGCUUGAGAAAGAGAAAGAAAAUGAAAUGUCCCCUGACGAUUUUGAAUUCUCUUGCCAGGAUAUUGUCAGAGAGGGUCAAGAUGCGGAGAGAAAGCUAAUUAGUUAUGUUGACUGGCUUGUGACCACAGUUAAUGAUGAUCUGCCUGAUGAGAACUGGACAGUACCAGAUCCACACCCUUCUGCUGUGAAAGCCACAUCAGUUGAUAAUCAUGAUGCUGAUUAUCACAGGUUAGUAAAUUCAGUAGAGAGGCACACCAGAUGCAGUCCAGCGUAUUGCCUGAAAAAGAAGAGGGUUGACCUGCCUGCAGAGUGCAGAUUUGGGUUCCCAAAACCAUUACAAGAGGAAACUGCGCUGAUUUAUGAGGUACGAGGUAAGAAAAAUAAAUCUGUACACUCAGAGUUGCAAACCAAGAGAAAUGAUGAGAGGCUGAAUUCACACAACAGGGUCAUGCUUGAGAAUUGGCGGGCCAAUGUGGAUUUACAGAAUGAUGACCAAGUGUCUUCUGCAAUCAAGAAAGCAAUGAUCCAAGUUGCUGGUGAUCGAGACAUGGCUGCUCAGGAGACUGCCCAUAUGUUACUCAGUUUGCCUUUGGUAGGCUGUACGUAUAGUUUUGUUACUGUUUCUUUAGAAAACAGUAGAAAGGUGAUCCUUGAUGCAGAAAAUCCACAAGAGGAAGUACUUCAGAAUUCUGUUCUUCAAGAUUAUGGAGAGCGGACAAAAGUGGAGAACAGAUUUUGCUAGAGACAAUGUAUUUGGGUAUUCUAUUGAAACAGAGAUGGUCCAUGCUGCACAGACAG